AUGCAUAUCACAGCUCUAGCUUCACUCCUGACAUUGCCGGCAUUGAGCUUGGCAGCUCCAACGAAACAACACCCUCUGGGAUCGAAACAUUCGUCGCCGUAUAAGCCUGAUCAUUACGACCCUUAUGAUCGGAAACAUGACAGUGUUGGGGAGGGAUUGCACCCGGAGCCAUAUCGCAACGGCAAAGGCACCUCAGUCCUUGGCCCUCGCAACCGAAUGCGAGAACAACAAGAUCCAGAUAUGGUCCGCCCACCAAGCACAGAUCACGGCGCCAUGCCCGCGAUGAGAUGGUCCUUCGCCGACUCCCACACCCGCAUAGAAGAAGGCGGCUGGACGCGCCAAACCACGGUCCGCGAACUCCCCAGCUCCAAAGAGAUUGCCGGCGUCAACAUGCGCCUCGACAAAGGCGUCAUCCGUGAACUGCACUGGCACAAGGAAGCCGAAUGGGCCUACGUUCUGUCCGGAGAAGUCCGCGUAACAGCCCUCGACUCCGAAGGCGGCUCCUUUAUCGACGAUCUCAAAGAAGGCGAUCUCUGGUACUUCCCCUCCGGCCAUCCACACAGUCUGCAAGGGCUCGGGGAGAACGGGACAGAGUUCCUCCUCGUCUUCGACUCCGGCGGCUUCAGCGAGGAGAGCACAUUCAUCCUCACGGACUGGCUAGCCCACACCCCGAAAGCGGUCCUAAGCGAAAACUUCCGCAUCCCGCCCGAACUCCUCGAACACAUCCCCCUAAGCGAGAAAUACAUCUUCCAAGGCUCGAUCCCAGGCAGCAUCGAGGAAGAGAAACCCAAAGCCUUCAAACAAAGCAAACUCAACUUCACCUUCAACAUGCUCGACGUCGAACCGCAAGUCGGCUCAGGCGGGCAAGCGAAGAUAGUCGAUAGUCGUAACUUCCCCAUCUCCAAAACCAUCGCCGCAGGCCACUUGGAUAUUGGCCCGGGAAGCAUGCGAGAAAUGCACUGGCAUCCCAACGCGGACGAAUGGUCUUUCUUUAUCAAGGGCCGAGCACGCGUCACCAUCUUCGCGGCCGAAGGCACAGCCCGCACCUUCGACUACAUGGGCGGGGACGUCGGCGUAAUCCCAGCCAACAUGGGUCAUUUCAUCGAGAACUUAUCCGAUGAUGAACCGUUGGAAGUGUUGGAGAUUUUCAGAUCAGAUAGGUUCAUGGAUUUCAGUCUGUUUCAGUGGAUGGGGGAGACGCCGCAGAGGCUGGUAAGGGAUCAUAUUUUCGCGAAUCAUCCCAAGGCUGCGAAGGAGUUUCUCAGGCAGGUGGAGGGGGGGAAGAAGGAUGUUAUUAAGGAGCAGUAUUAUAAGUCGCCGGAGCAUGAGGAGGCGAUUAGGAGGUUGGAGGGUGGUGGGGAUGGGGGGGAAGGGUGGGCGGAGGAGUUGUAG